CCGGGGCGGCAGCCGGCAGCACAUGGCUCCUCGCCGCGUCCUCCCCGAGCUCGUCGGGGCCCUCCUCCUCGUUCUCGCCGCGCGCGGCGAGGCCGGGGCGCCCCGCCUCCGCGGCUCCGUCGCCUGCCUCGACUGCUCCGCGGGGCACGACCUCUCUGGUGUGGUGGUCGCGGUGAGAUGCGCCGGCGGCGCGGGCCUCCUCCGCGCGGCGCAGACGGACGCCCGCGGCGCGUUCGACGUGGCCAUGCCGGCGGCGGCGGCGGUGCCGCCGUCGUCAUCCAGCUCGGCCACGCCGUGCGCGGCGAGGGUCCUCGGCGCCGCCACGGAGCAGCUCUGCGCGCCGCGGGGGCUCGCGGUGGCGCGCGUCGUCCCGGGCCCCUCCUACGCGCUGGGCUCCCCCCUCGCCUUCUUCACGGCGAGGUGCCGUCCAGCUAGCGCUAGCGGCGGCUCGGCUGUCGCGCCGACGACCACGGACGCCGCCCCUGACCAGCAGCGGCAGCGGGUGCCGCCGCCGGCACAGCCCGCGCUCCCGGAGAUGCAGGCCCCGGUGGGCGCUCCCCCGCGCGCCGGUGGCGACACCAGCCCGCCGCCGUUCGGCGUUGGAGGAGGGCUGCCUCUCAUCUUCUUCUUCCCGUUCAUCCCCAUCAUCGGCAUCCCCUGAAUGAGUGAAGCACUACUACUACACCAAGAUUGUAUGUUACUACUCUACGCGCGCGUGUAACAGCAACAAAUAAUGCGA